AUGAUUUUUGAGGAUGAACCUCCAAACCUAGGGGAAAUUAUAAUAAAGAUUGAUGCAAGUCUUCAUGAAUUUUGGGGUGCUAACAGUCUUCUUAAGGCUACUGAUAUCAGUAAGCUAGACCUACAAGCAACCCUUUGGAUAAGACCUCCUACUGGAUGUGUGAAAUUCAACUGUGAUGGGGCCUAUAAGAAAAUGGAUAGGAAGGCUGGUAUAGGAAUAGUAAUACAUGACUCUGAUGGGAGUUUCCUAGGAGGUUGGCUAGAUCAAGUGUGCGUAGAUUCUGGGUUCUUAGUAGAAGUAUAUGCUAUCAAAAGGGCUGUUACGCUUGCCCAAUCUUGGGCUGGUGUGGAAUUCAUUUUUGAAACAAAUUGCUCUGAAUUAUUCAACAUUUGCACACUUAGAUUGAGAGGCAAUCAACCUGUAGAUUACUUGGCAGGAUUAGCUUUAAAGGAAGUGGUACCUUUAGGUUGGGUGUCCUCACCUCCACCUUCUCUUGCUCUCUUUCUUUCUUAG